CUUUACUCCAAAAAGACAUCAGGAUUACUCAUAAUUCUACCGCUCUUGACUGCCUUGACGUACACAUCGUUUCACCAGCAUCAACUUGAGUUCAAUUCCAGUCCUCGUAUAUCUCAGUACCACGAAUACACCAAUAAUGACAUCCCCUCAAAAACAAAUAUUCCUCCUCGGCGCCGGCGAACUAGGCACAGCCUUCCUCCCUCACCUCUCCACCCUUCCCAACACCCACAUCACCAUCGGCAUCCGCUCACCCUCAAAAUACACCCACCUACAAUCCCCCAACAUCUCCCUCACAGCCAUCGACCUCUCUUCACCCUCUCCCGACCUCGCACAAAUAUUCUCCGCAUACGACAUUCUCAUCUCUGCUACAGGCUUCGGCGCCGACCCCAGCACAGUCCUCAAGCUCGCCGAGGAAGCGCUGUUGGCUGGCAAGAUCAGAAAAGAGCAGGGGAAAGACAAACUCUGGUUCUUCCCCUGGCAGUGGGGUGUUGAUUACGAUAUCAUUGGUGAUGGGGAGGGAAUGAUGCCGUUGUUUGGUGCUCAGCGCGAUGUGAGGAAUUUGUUGCGCGAAAAGGCUGAGGAGAGUAAUGUCAAGUGGACGAUUGUUAGUACGGGGAUAUUCAUGUCGUUCCUUUUCGAGCAAUUUUGGGGGAUCGUAGAUAGGAGUAAAGAGGAGGAAGGGAAAGUGGUAGUGAGGUGUUUGAGAGACUGGGAUCACAAGGUCACUGUGACGGAUGUGAGUGACAUUGGACGGGUGUUGGCGAGGGUUAUAGCGGGGGGUGUGGAAGCUGAGGACUGUGUAUUAUAUAUCGCGGGCGAUUCUGUCAGUUACGGGCAGCUGGCUAAUAUUAUCAAGCGGGUGAGCAGGAAGCAGGUUGAGCAAGAGGCGUGGAGUGUUGAUCACUUGAAGCGGGACCUUGACGCAGCGCCAGACGAUGGCAUCAAGAAAUACAGGCUGGUAUUCGCAAGGGAUGGUGUAUGGUGGGACAUGGACAGGACGGUGAAUAAGGCAUUGAGCAUGGACAUGAUGGAUGUUGAAACAUUUGCUAGAAGGCUGUUCAGUGGAUGAAGGGUAGGUAGUCAGCAAUCGCAAGCAAUGGACGUCUUAGUAGCUUGGAAAUUGAUUCUGUAAUCCACAUUACGCGUGAUUAUUGAUGAACUGUUCGACAAGUAUUACUACAUGAGCGUGAGCCGAAAGCCUCGCGACAGCCUGGGGGUGGAACGUACUUGUUCCCAAUUGCUUUCACGGUCAUUUAACUGCUUUCGCGUCCCCUGGUGUGUUCCAGCAUACUGCGCUAUACCCUCUUGACCCGGGUCGGGACUAUAGCAUUCGCGCCAGUAGC